AUGUUGAAGAAGGGAACCACUAAAGUUGAGAAUGUUGCGGAUGAAAGAGGCAUUUUGGAUAAGGGGAACACAAUGGUUGAUGAGGGGACCAUAAUGGUUGAUGAGGGGACAACGAUGGUGGAUGAAACUGUUGAUGAGGGACUAAACUGGAACAUAAAGGAAGAUGAGGGACUAGGUGAGGGGAGUAAUGUGGUUGAUGAAGGACUGAACUGUAACUCUGUUGAAGAUGAAGGACUAAAAGGUGGUGGAAAUGAAAUGGAUUUGGAAGAGGAAAAGACAGUAGUUGAAGAGGGACUAGAUGGUGGCAGUGAAGAUAGUGCAUUGGAGAUUAAUUUUGAAGAUUCUGAUGAUGAUGUGAGUAUGAAUGAAGACAUGGCAAUUCCUAAAAUGAGGUUUUUGAAAAUGAUGUGGUUGAGAAGCAAGGGACUGAAAAGGGGAAGAAAAAGGGGAAGGGUAAAGGUAAAGGGAAGGGUAAAGGUAAAGGGAAAGGGAAUGGUAAGGGUAAAUGUAAGGGGAAUGGGAGAGGAAAGGUAA